UAAUCAAUAUAUUUUUAACAAAAAAGAAAUAUUGAAAUUUAAAACAAAAAACUUAUUUUGAAAAAAAAAGAAAUCUUAAAAAUUAAUUCUUCUACUUGGUUGCUUGAAGAAAAUUUCAAAAUUCCUUUCACCAUGGAAACGUUUUAUGAAGCCGAUCUAAAGGAUAUAUGGGACUCGGAUUUAGAUCCGACCGAUUCAUUGAAAUUGUCAACUGAUAGCGAUAUGCACGAUUGGUUUUUAGAACGAGAUGUCAAAGAUGCUGCAGUUAUACUCAAUGACAAAUUAAUAUCGGAUGCUCUAUUGAAUGGCACACUACCAAUUAAAUCGGAACACUCCUACAGUCUUAAUAGCGAUGGAGAUUCUCUGCCAGAUUCACCACACAGUCUCCAUACUAAAAUGGAUGACAUGGAAGAUGAAUGCUAUCCCGCCAUUUCGCUGAAAACUGCUACCAGCAAUAUAAGGUCUCUUAGCACAGCCACCAUAGAUCCAAGAUGUCUAACAAUUACCACCUGCUCACCAAUGGCCAGCACCUCAACAUCGUUGGCCUCUUCUUCGUCAGCAAGUAUGUCGGGAUUGAAUUUGCAUCCUUUGGUUUCAACGGCAGCUUCUACCAUAACCAGUCAAUCAAAUCCUAUCUUGUCCUCAACAAACAGUAGCCAUUCCUCAAAUUUAUAUGCUGGUCUGUGUAAAAUAGCCACUACCACACCCAUAACGCUUAAUUUGCGUCAAUUGGACACAUGUCAAACAUUGAACACCUCCACAGAUGCCAAAUUGUUGGUGAAACAACAGCAACAACAACAGUUACCCGCCUUACAUACAACAAACACACAACAGCAGUUUCAAAUGCACCAACAGCAGCAUCAACACCAGCAACAGCAACAAUAUCUACCUCAUGAUGAUUUAGUUAAUAUGAUGGAUGACUGUGCCUCUAGUGUUUCCUCCAGGGAGGGCAGUCAAUCACCUGAUAUUUGCUCAGACAUAGAAAUCGAUGAAUCCUGCAUUAAAAAUGAACCCAUGUCACCCGAUUCUAGCUGUCCCUCUAGUCCUGAGGGAGGCGAUGAGUCAGCCACUAACAACAACUCGAAUGGCACUCUUAGUCUAACCAUGGCCAAUAUGGCCGCUUUCACAAAUUCCGAUCUUGUAUUUGAACACAAGGAUGGCUGCCUGCAAUUAACUCCCUCUUCACAAAGCCUGCUCAAGUCACAACCCUUUAUCUUAAGCUCAAAUGCCCACAAUGUCAUUAUACCCAAAAUCACAAUUAAAUCCGAGGGUAAUGUAACAAAUACCGCUACAUUUGUAACCGCUACACCCUCCGUAACAAAAACAAAUGCCACCUCAUAUGGUUUGCCCUUAACCCCGCCUUCUUCGCACUCCAGUGAUGGUUCCGAGGGUAAUCUCACACCUGAACAUAUGCUAUCACCACAAUCGCCUACCUCUUCUUCAACAUCCGCCGCCGCCGCCAACAACAACAACACCACCAUCAACAGCAAUGUGAGGUCAAGUUCGCAACCAACCAGCGGUGUUUUGACAGUUACCUCCAUUAGGCGUAAUACCAACAGCUCUGCCUCGUCGACUACCUCCAGCACAAGUUCCAACGUUAGUAUGGGACGUCAUGCAAGUGCUGGUGGUGGUUCUACCCGCCAGCCUAUACAUACACCCCUGAUUAGCUCACAGCCAAAGGGUUCUACAGGAACUUUACUUUUGACAGAGGAAGAGAAACGUACUCUGUUGGCUGAGGGCUAUCCCAUACCACAAAAGCUACCAUUAACCAAAGCUGAGGAAAAGUCAUUGAAGAAAAUCAGAAGAAAAAUCAAAAAUAAGAUUUCCGCCCAAGAAAGUAGGCGUAAGAAAAAAGAAUAUAUGGACCAAUUAGAACGUAAAGUUGAUAUUUUAGUUAAUGAAAAUAACGACUAUAAGAAACGUGUCAAAAAUCUUGAAGAUUCCAAUGCCAGCCUACUAAGUCAAUUGCACAAAUUACAGGCUUUGGUAAACAAACAAAACCUCAAGAAGUCUUAAACGACUCUAAACUGUAAAAACAAUUUAGGAGAAAAACAACAACAGCAACAUGUUGGUUAAACAAAAUAUUUAAAAAAAAUUGUUCUCAUAACAUUCCCCCACCCCUACUCUCUACCCUUUAGCUUCCUUACCAAACUCUAAUAUUUUAUUUAUUAGAAUUAGAAGACAGGAAAUAUUUUUUUAAAUUAAAGGCGUUUGUUUUAAGACAAAAAAACACAAAUAUUAUAUAGAGUUUACAAUUAUAUUUAUAUAAAAUUAUAUUUACAACAACAAAAGGAAAAACAAAUCAAAAUAUAUUUAUGUGUAUUAUAACAAAAACAAAAUAAGAGCUUAAAACCAAGUUUACAAACGCCCACCCGCCCUUUAUUAUGCUAACUUUAACUUACUUUAAUUAGAGAGAGAGAUUUAAAUCAUAAUGUUUUAAAACUCUCCAUAUUUUAUUUAAUAAUUUUUAUAAAAAAAAACUUUCUGUUUAUUUUAAAUGUUUUCAAGUAGCAUUUUUUUUAGAAAGAUUUUUCAUUUUCAUUAUUUUUUUUAUAAAACUUAACUGGAAGAAAAUUGAAAACCAGUAGAAGUAAUAGAAAUUGUUAGAAAAAAAGUGAAACUAGUAAAGAAUGUUAAGAUAUUGUUUGACUGCCUCGCUAUAUGCCAAUUAUAAUAUUUGUCUAGAAAUUAAGUUCCGCUAAAAAGUCGUCGUCUAUAGAGAACAUAAUUUUUUUUAAACAAAAAAACAAGAAAAUUUAAGUUGAGGUUUUUUUAAUGCAAGAAAUAAGUAAAUAACUAGAAAUGACGUUAUGUUUUAAUAAUGUUCUUCUUUUUAUUAAGUGUUUUUUUAAUUUGUUUUUUUUUUCGGGCAAAUUGGCUGAUGAUCUAAAUAAUAUGGUCCUUCCGUUAUAUAGAAUAUAAAAAAACAGACAAAUACAUUCCCUGGUCGAAAAUAAUUAAACUAUUUAUAGUUAAAGUAAAAAAACUAGUGUUUUAAAGUUUUAACUAAAUAAUUAAUUGUCUCUAUUAAUUGUAAGCAAAGCCACUUAGAUUAAUUAGUUUUCUUUUAUUUUUAGUUAAACAAAAUGAGAAAUCUUCUCCGAGCCACUUUAAUAUAUUUUAAUUCAAGUUUUUUAUUAUAUAAACUUAUAUUAGCUAAUAUUAUUAAUAGAAAGUUUUUUUGAAAAAACAAUUCUUUUAUUCUACUUUAAAUAUUAAUUUCAAUUAAAGAACAGCAAUGAGAUGUUAAACAGGAUUAUUUGUUGAGAGUUUUAUUCUGGAAUAAAAAUCAACAUAUAUUUCUUAAUUUUGUGAAAUAUUCCUUCCGGGAGUUUUCAAAAGAUCUUGAUGCUGCAACUGAUAUUGGUUUUUCUUGAUGAAUUUGUAUUAAUGAAAGUUUUCAAUUCACUCCAAAUUGAUUUUCAAGUCGUCAAAUGAAAAUGUAAACGUGCGAUCCAGUUUUUUGUACUUUUUCACAUCAAAUGAUUAAGAUUUUACUACAGAAUAAGUGAAUUUCUUCACUGAGCUAGAUUAUUUCUAAUAAUCUACCGUUACAGCUUAACUCGAGUAUCCAUGCAUCAUCCAUUAAUCAUUAUUCUUCUUGGGCAUGAAUCGCAGGAAAAUCUCCAAAAAUAUUUCUAUUUAUUGAGUACAAAAACUGCUUAAAUAUCGCUAGUUUAAGACGAUUUUAAGAAGCUAAUAGUAAUGCUUUUAUUGAGUACAAGUAUUGAUUGCCAAUUGUUAUUGAUUGUAUUGAUUGUCACUUGUUAUUGAUUUUUCAACUCUCUGAACCUUUGAAUGUCAAAAGCUCUGCACAUAAAGUUGAUAUCUGCUUGAAACUUAAUGAAUUCAUACUGCUUUAUCCAGAAAUGAUCAAUAUCAGCUACACUUUAUAUAAUAUGUUCUAAAGUAAAACCGUUCUUUCAAACUUGUAAUUGUCAGCUUCAAUUUGGCAUAAAAAUUUAACAUCUCAAGGCUUAACGGGACAUCUUUUUGCAAUUUAUCGUUUAUUAAUAUUAUAUUAAUUUGAAACAAACUCUAAGAAGAGUUCUAAAAGAAGGGGUUUUUAUGCCUAUGAGGCUUAAAUAAUAACAAACAGAAAAAAAGCUUUAAAUAUAAUUCGUGUAUAAGAUGAAAAAGGGAAACAAAUAAACGAUAAUUUUAAAAACAAAGUCUCAAAGAUUUCUUUCAAAUAACGAAAAAAAAAAACGAUAUUAAAAAGCUGUUCUU